GAAUACCUCGGCUACAGAGCGCGCGCCCUCGCUGUGCAGCUCCAUCAACUGCACGAGCCUGUUGCUGCACGUCCUCUGUCUCUUCCGUGAAAACAUUUUCUCUUCUGUCAGCGUCAGACCACUCCCUCUCUCUGUGAACGGAAGGGCAGUCUAGUCUCUACUCUGUUCGGUCAGACGUUUCUUCCUCAGGACUAUGUUCAGUACGAAGAAUGGCGGAGGCCAGUGCGCUUGAAGAACUACAGUCCGAGCUCACUUGCCCGGUGUGUUUGGAGCUGUUCCGUGACCCGGUGAUCCUCGAGUGUGGACACCACUUCUGCAAGGAGUGCAUCAUCCAGUGCUGGGAAGCCAAGGCAGACGAGUUGUCAAAUUGCCCAAAGUGUAGAAAGACGUGCGCGCGUAAACUUCGCCCAAACUCUCUGCUGUGCAACGUCGUGGACAGUGUGCGCAGAGCCAGGGCCAUGGACUCAGUGGCGGGGAUACCCGGCUGGGAGCCGGGACAUGACCUGGGGGAGCCGGAGGAGCGGGAACCCGGGUCCAGUAUGAGCAGUGUGGCAUCGUCCAUCGGGCAUUGGCCUCGCCUGUGUUUGGAUAUGUGCGAGGAGCAUGAGGAGAAGCUGAAGCUCUACUGCGAGGAUGACCAGCUGCCCAUCUGUCUGGUGUGCGGAAUGUCCCGGGACCAUAAGACCCACAACGUCAUCCCCAUAAACGAGGCUUUUGAAAACUACAAGGACAAGCUGUCUAUCGCUCUGCAGAGGGUUCAGCUCCAGUCAGAGGAGGCCACGCUCUUUCAGACACAGACCAAUGAAAAGAUCCUGCUCAUAAAGGAGCGUGCAGGAGAUCUGGAGGAGAUGGUCACAGCAGAGUUUGGCCUUCUUAGGGAGUUUCUCCUCGAGGAGGAGGAGCGUAUUAAAGACAAGCUGAAGAAGCAAAAAGAAGAGAAGCUCAAUCAGCUGGAGGAGGCACUCACAAAGACCACUGAGCAAAUUAGCCAGCUAGAAGGUACAGCCGAGCAGCUAUGCCUCAAACUGAGAGAAGAAGAAAACCCAGAGCAGCUCAAGGGAAUCAAAGAUUUUAUCGGAGGUGUUGAGAGUCUGUUCGAGUGGCCCCCGGAAGUGGAUGUUAAUCUGCAGACAGGAGAGUUCCUGGGACCUCUGCAGUACAGGACCUGGAGGAAAAUGAGCAACAUUUUCAAGCCAGCUGUCACAGCAGUGACUCUUGACCCUGACACAGCCUACCCCUGCCUGUGGGUUUCCCCGUGCGGCACCAGCGUCCAGGUAGGAAAAAUCCAGCCCAACCUGCCCAACAACCCGGAGCGCUUCACCCGCUACAACAUCGUCCUGGGCUCUGAAGCCUUCACCUCAGGCCGUCACUACUGGGAGGUAGAAGUGGGCUCCAAGACAGCAUGGGGUCUGGGUGUGGCCAAAGCCUCUGUCAACAGAAAGGAGGAGAUCAGCCUGUGCCCUGAUGAUGGAUUUUGGACCCUUGUGCUGAGGGACAACUGCGAUGGCACCAGUGAGUACGAAGCGUGCACCGACUCAGAGGAGGGCUUGAUAUAUCCUGCCAAACCUCCCAAGAGGGUGGGGGUCUUUCUAGACUACAGUCGUGGUGAAGUGUCAUUUUAUGAUGCAGGAGACAUGAGCCACCUCUUCACCUUCUACAAUGCCAAUUUCAAAGAGCCAGUCUUCCCGUACUUCAAUCCAUGGCCGAUCCUCAAUGGACACAACCGUGAGCCACUCACUAUAGUAAUGCCUCACUGGGGAUAGAAGAGCCUUUUAUUAGAACCGCUGCAUCAGCAGAUUCAAAACUGUGGAAGAUUCAGCAGCAAUGAACUUAAGAUGAACUCAUUGUAAUGAGCAUGCACAUAUCUGAUGAUGAACAUGCAGGUUAUCCUGUGUUUUUACUGUAGACUGUAAAUAUGAUAAAACUACUCAAGAACAAGGACAUUUAAUCUUUAAACGACAAAGAUUUCAUUAAUACUUUCAUUUUAUUUUCUCACACAAAAAUACAAAUAAGUAAAACAAUUUUAAAGUUUUUUAAAUCAAGUUUUAAAAGUGUAUAAAUAUCUGUUUUGUUAUUCCUCUGUGCCAAAGAAUGCAUUUUUUUGCAAAACUAUUUAAAGCAAUAAAUAAGCAACACAGUCAAAUUGAAUUACAUGUGUCUUCACGACUAUGAAGAUAAACACUCUAGACUUAGGACUGUUUGAUCACGUACAUUAUAUUUAUUUACAUCUAAAGUAGAAAAUGAUGUAUGAAGGAACCAGAGUGAAAUCUGCAUUUACUUAUCGACUGAAUCAUAGUUUUAGUCUUUCAAGCCUUAUCUGCUGAGAUUUUGUCCAAUAUUUUUAUUAAUCCUACAUUGUAAUAAUAGGGUGGUUAUGUCCCAGUAAAAUCAGGGUAAAGAAGAUAAAGGAAAAAGUUUGGGUUUGAUUACAAUCCACAUGACAUGGCUUUACUCAGACGGACAUUUCCUUUGGGUUACUCUUACUGUCAGCAGAUCAGACUAAAAAUAGAAAAUGAAAGACUCUUAGUAUGUUUGACAGUGGAUCAGUGGACCCAACUGGGGGGGGGUCAGGACCCAAAAGAGAGCAGGUAACUGUUUUCAUUGCAUAUGUGCCUGGAAAUUUAUGUGCCUAUGAUGUACAGCUGUCCGAGGUGGACAUCAAUCCAUAUGUAGAAUUUUGUUUUCCUCUGAUGAUGAGAGCAUUUUUGUGGUUCUCUUGAGGUCUCGACUUGUUUUGUGAUAAAGCUUUUUUCUAAAAAAAAAAAAAAAAAAAAAAAACAAAAAAAAGCAUUACAAUACAUAACAAUUAUUGCUGGAAAAUGGAGUAAAAUAAAAUGUAUGCAUGUAUGUACUCUGAGGCCUUCAGUAAUGAUGCUCUUUUAAAAUAUGUUUGUUUUGACAUGUCUCUUUUUCAGUCAUAAAUAUUGUUCUAACAUCCAGACUGUAACAUUUCAAUUUGAAUUGACUUGAGUUGAUGAAAAGCUUCAGAAAUUUUUUCUACAAUAAGGAGGUGGUGGGCCUUGAGAAUAGACCAGUUGAGAACUUUUGUUCUUGAGAAUAGGUUUGUGCAUAUACUGGCCCACUAGAGGGCACCCAAAACUAAUAUUGAAUGCACUAUUAAUCUGCACCUGGUAUUUUGUGACAAAAUAUUGAAAUAUUGAAAUAUUGCUUUAUUUGACCAAAGAGAGGCUGGAUUCAGCUUUGGGAAGAAAGUAUUGCACAAGUAUUUUUUAGUUGUUAGGUUUUCUUGUUAGAAUUUUUCUUCCCCCUAAGUUACAAAAAUCAAAGACUUGCUUCAAGAGAUUUCCCCUUUUCAAUAAAUAUUUACACUCUAAACUUUUACCUAAGAUAAUAAAAAACUUACUCUUUAAAUAAAGAAUGAAAGAAAGAAUGAUAGAUAGAAAGUAGAACUGUCAGAAGCAAAUAGAAGAAACUUAGAGAAAAACCCCAUAGAGGGGAUCUCCAUCUUUGACUGACAACCUUUUAAGAGCAUAAAACAUUAAAAUGAAAAUACAGGGGCGCAGGUGGCCUAGUGGUUUAAAGUGCGCCCCAUGUAUGCCGGGGUUCGAUUCUGGCCCGUGGCACUUUCUCACAUGCCUCUCCCCAGCUCUCUCAUCCCUGUUUCUGAUUCUGUGCACUACCUUCAUCUGCCAAUGAAGGCAUAAAAAACACAAAAAUACAUCUAAAAAUAUAGAAAGACAUGAAAAAAUGGCAAUGAAAUAGAUUUUAGCGAAAAUAUCAGGGGCAUGCUUCAUUCAAAGAGAAGAGGAAAGACACAAAAACCCCAAAAUCAUUCAGACAGAGGUAAAUAUUUAAACAUAUAGAGAGAAAAGUGGUGAAGGUAAAUCUGCUGGCUGAAAAUGUUGGCAUAGUUGGAGUGUUACACUAAAAGAGUGAAGCUUAAAAAAAAACAUCUGAAUUGGCAUCACCUAAAUUGUUACUGUAUAUCAAACAUCUUUAUCAGUAUUGGCCCUAAUUUUCACAGUUGGUGCGUCCUUAUCCUUGACAUAUUUUAUUUUAUUUAACACAACAUUUAUUCCAAAAAAGUUUGGCCAAUGUGUAAAACGGCAUGAGAAGAAUGACUCUAGAUGAGAAAUCACUGCAUGGGCUCAGGAACAUGCCCAGAAAUCAUUGACUGUCAGCACAGCUCAAUGUACCAUUCUCAAAUGCAUGCUAGGUGGAUUUGAGCUUGUAUAGCAACUUUUCUAGUCAUUGGACUACUCGCAGGUCACACCUAGCCGUUCACACACUGACAGCAGAGGCUGCUAUGGAGAAUUGGCCAUAAGUUUUAGCUAAUCUCAUUCCUACGCAUGCAGCUGCUAAGGAUCAAACCCACAACCUUCUGCUUGAGGGGCAACCAACUCUACCUACUGGGCCACAGUCACUCUUGUUGAAGCCACAUUUGCAAGAAGACAGCAUAUGGGAACACAAUCCAAGAGGGCCAAAGCUUUUUUAAAAUGGACUGAAGCAAAAAGGAAAACUGCUCUGUGGUCAGAUGAAUCAAAAUUUGAAUUAUUUUUGGAAACCACAGACAUCAUGUCCUGUAGACUAAAGAGAUGAGGGAGCAUUCAGCUUGGUAUCUAUCAGUGCACAGUUCAAAAGCCUGUAUCUCUGAUGGUAUGGGGAUACAUUAGUGCCUGGGAAGCUUACACGCCUGGAAAAACACUAUCAAUGCUGAAAAGUAAAUAGAAGUUUAAGGGCAACAUAUGCUCCCAUCCAGACAAUGUCUUACAUAUUUUAGGAACACAAUAUUAAUCCACAUCCAUCACAACGACAUACAGGAACUUUGCAGUAGAGGAGUCCGGGUGCUAAACUCUGCCUGCCUGCAGUCCAGACCCUUUACUAAUCAAGAACAUUUAGAGCAUCAUAAAAAAAGAAGAGCCAGGACUUUUGAGCUGCUAGAAUCCCUUAUCAGACAAGAAUGUGACAACAUUCCUCUCCCAAAACUCCAGCAACUGGUCUCCUUGUUUCCCAGACAUUUACAGUCUAUCUUACAGUUAAAGGAGAGGGGAUGCUACAAAAUGGUAAACAUGGCCCUGUCCUUACUUUUAUGAUGAUGUGUUGCUGCCAUCUAAUUCAAAAUAAGCUUAUAUUUUUCAUGAAGUUAUAAAAUGUCUCAGUUUCAACAUCUGGCAUGUUUAUGUUUUACUGGGAAUAAAAUAUGUGUUUAUAAGAUAUGUGAAUCAUUGCAUUCUGUUUUAUUGACAUUUAGCGCCCCAAAUGUGGAGGAGAGGGGUUCUAUGUUAUGUACAUUACUUCAAACCAUAAUGGAUAUUGUUCUUUGAAUAUGAAAAUGUGAUUACUCUGUUUGGAGGUUGUUUUUGAAGUCUGAGAGAUACUUGGUGGAUCUGUGGUGAUGAUUAAUUUUGUGAUUCAAAGGAAUAUGUUUACGUUUCAUUUUCUUUUCCUCCCUUUAUGAUAAGUAUAACACUGUUUAUAUUUUUCU